UCGUUUGAGUAGACGUACGCAAAGCGUUUGUCGCAAUCCGAAAGUUGACCAAGACGCUUGACCGGGCUCAAAGGCGCUCUCAGUCUGAUAACGUGCGUCGCACUGUGAACAUCGCGAGUGCGCAGUAAAAUCUUCUUCAACGACGAGUUGAUUUAGAGUACAACAUAUAAUUAUACAAGUACUUGGCAUUUUUUUGUUUGACAAAAAUGAAGCUGGUGAUUAGUGUUGUGCUAACGAUCGCCUGCUUGGCCACGCCCAUGCCUGCCCAGUUCAACCGCAGACAAGUUCGCCAGGACUGCAUCACGCCAGAGAAUUACUAUGGCAGCUGUGUGGGACUCAGCUACUGUCCACAAGCGUCCAAUGUCUUCCAGUUGACCGAUAGGCGAACUGCUCAGAAUUAUGUGAUUGCCCUGCAGCGCAGCUGUGGCACCCGCAACAUUAACGGGGAUCCAGUGGUGUGCUGUACUCGACCCAUUACUAAUCAGAAUCCGGUUACAGUGCGACCAACGCAACCGGUUACAGAGCGGCCACCGAAUCCUUUCUUUCCCACGCAGUCGACAUUUGUGACUCCGCAGGUGCAGCCAUUUACAACACAGGCACCCACUGGCAAUCCCUGGAUACAGUAUACCACUCAAAGACCAACUAUAAGAACCACUACUGCACCAGUUACCUCAAAUUCGAUCGUAGAGCGUGGUCCCAGCUGCCGCUUUCCACCCGGAAGGCUUGGUGAAUGUGUUGAUAUCAAGAGCUGUCCAUCCGUUUUCAACGAGCUGAAAGUGAGGCAAACUGAUGCCGCAUUUGCAAAAGAAUUGCAGGCCUCCAAUUUGGUCUGUGGUCGAGUUGGCAGUAAUGUCUGCUGUCCCACUGGCCAAACGGUCACCACUUCGCAGCCAGUAACAGCCGCAAACUUGGAGGAGGUACCACGUCGUUUGCCCACCGUGGAAGAGGGUUGCGGCUCCACCCCUAAAGCGACCUUUAAAAAGGUCGUUGGCGGCGAACCGGCAAAACAGGGUGCCUGGCCCUGGAUUGCACUCCUUGGCUAUGACGAUGGCUCCUCGUCACCAUUCAAGUGUGGCGGCACUUUGAUAACCGCCAGGCAUAUUAUCACCGCCGCUCAUUGCAUCAGAGAUGAUCUAACGUUUGUGCGACUGGGCGAGCACGAUUUAACGACAGAUGCGGAGGCACGCCAUGUUGACAUACCUAUCGCAAAGAAAGUACGUUAUCCACAGUACACUCCACGGAAUGGUCGCGGUGAUAUCGCAAUGCUGUAUUUGGACCGAAAUGUACAGUUUACGGAUACGAUUAUACCCAUUUGUAUGCCCAGUAGUUCGACCCUGCGUACUAAAUCUUAUGUGUCCACAAAUCCCUUCGUUGCCGGCUGGGGCAAGACUCAGGAGAAUGGUAAAUCCUCCAGUGUGCUGAUGCAACUGAUGAUACCCGUGCUGACCAAUGAGGUCUGUCGCACUCAGUAUGCGAAGGUGAAUCGUUAUUUCAAUGAAGAACAGUUCGAUAAAGCUGUACUCUGUGCGGGAGUACUCUCUGGAGGCAAGGAUACGUGCCAAGGUGACUCGGGUGGUCCUCUCAUGUCAUCUGAGGUGUUCAACAAUCAAAUUCGCUUCUAUCUGAUCGGUGUCGUUUCCUACGGUGUGGGUUGUGCCAGGGCCGAGAUCCCCGGUGUCUAUGCGAGCACCCAAUACUUUAUGGACUGGAUACUUGAAAUGCUUCUGGAUACGCCUUGACUUGGUUUUAGUUUGAGGAACACCUAGUUCACAGUCUGCAGUCUGCAGUCUGCAUUCUUUAUUUUGACAUUUUACAUCUAACUCUAUUCGUAUAUGCUUAAAGUAAAUAAAAUAAACUCACAAGCGA